AUUCUGGUCAAAACAUACAUUUCCACUUGUUUUGAACAAAAUGUGUUAAUUUUAAUUGAAUGUUAAGUUUAAAUGUUGAUUUUCUUCAAAGUUUAUUGAAAUAUGUUGCCAAACUAGUGUUCGAGACUUUAGUUUUGUGUAAUUUCACGAAGAGGGUAUUGUUAAGAGUUCGUGGAAGUCCAGCUGGUGGCAACAAUGGAGGAUGAUCCCGCGCCCUCAUCACAUUCAGAAAUGGCCCACGAGGGCGGCGGGUCGGAGGGCUCCCCGCAGCACACGCCGUCGCCCCCGCACCCCGCGCGCCUGCCCCUGGCCGACUCCAGCUUCCACCACCAGAUCAUGCAGAGUCAGAGCCCGAGAAAGAACCAUAUCGCAGAGAGAGCGAAACAAACCUUAGAGAAUAAUUUCCUGCUGCAACUGAAGAAGCAGCAGCAGCUCCAGCAGGAGAUCCUGCUGCAGCACUUCCAGCAGCAGAGCCAGAAGCUGGCGCAGGAGCACGAGCAGCAGCUUAGGCAUCACUUAAAGGUGUUGAGUAUGUUUGGGGCCCAGCUUCACCCCGAUGAUCUGAAGUGCAAGGUAACCCUCCAGAUGUGGGAACAGCAGAAGGCGCUGGAGGAGGCGGCGCUGCGAGAGGCGAGGGAGGCGCGCGAGGCUCUGGAGGCGCGCGAGAGGCACGAGCGCGACCGCGCCGAGCUGCUGCGCAAGAAGGACAAGCUCGAGCCCAGCGCCAACGCCUCCUCGCAGGUCAAGCAGAAGCUGCAGGAGUUCCUCAAGAAAAAACAGGCGGCCGCUAACGCUAACGGCACGGUCCCCGGGGGGUCGCCUUACAGGAAUUGGGGCAUAGUGAAGUCAUCGUCGGGCGAGUCGAUCACGUCGACGGGCGCAACGGCGACGGCGCACCCGUACCGGCUGGCGGCGCCGUUACCGCUGGCGCUGAACGCCGCGCCGCCGCAGCCCUCGCCCAGCGACUACCCGCUGAGGAAGACCGCGUCGGAGCCGAACAUGCUGAAGGUGCGUCUGAAGGCGCGCGUCAUCGAGCGCCGCGCCUCGCCGCUCGCGCGCCGCCCGCUCAAGCAGCGCGUCAAGCACCGCAACUGCGACGGCACGGGGUCGCCGCGCGGCUCGCCGCCGGGCGUGGCGCCGCCGAUCCGCGAGGAGGACGAGUGCGGGCGCGCGGCCGAGCUGCUGUUCUCGUCGCCGUCCAUGCCCAACAUCUCGCUGGGCCGCCCGCACCUGCCGCACGCGCACCUGCCGCACCCGCCCCACCCGCCGCAUCCGCCGCACGCCGCGCAUCCCACGCCAGCUCAGGUGCGUAACUAUAGUCUGGUGUCAGUAUCCCUCCCGCCCGUGUCAGAGGCGGAGGCGUUUUGCCCAACGGUGGGAGUGGGCGUGGGCGGCGUAGGCGUCGGCGUAGGCGCGCGGCUCAUCAAACGGCCGCUGGGCCGCACACACUCGGCGCCGCUGCCGCUGGGCGACCCGGCGCUGCAGCCGCCCGUAGCACACCAUUACCUCAGGGACCAGAUACGAAAAACGGUCCUGACGCGCGCACACGACGCGGCGGCGCAGCUGCGCGAGGAGGAGGGCGAGGUCAUCGACCUGACGGCGCGGCGCAGCGAGCCCGCCCCGCCCCCCGCCGAGCCCGCCCCGCUCGCGCGCGCGCUGUCCUCGCCGCUCGUCGGCGCGCGCGCGCCCGCCACCGGGCUCGCCUACGACCCGCUCAUGCUCAAGCACGGCGAGCCCGCCCCGCCCCCCGCCGAGCCCGCCCCGCUCGCGCGCGCGCUGUCCUCGCCGCUCGUCGGCGCGCGCGCGCCCGCCACCGGGCUCGCCUACGACCCGCUCAUGCUCAAGCACGGGUGCGGCUGUGGCGCGCACGCCCCGACGCACCCCGAGCACGGUGGGCGGUUACAAUCAGUGUGGGCGCGCUUAUGUGAGACCGGGCUCAGCGCGCGCACGGAACGCACGCGCCCGCGCAAAGCCACGCUGGAGGAAUUACAGUCGGUGCACACAGAAGCGCACGUGCUAACAUUCGCGGGCCGCGGGCGCGGCGAGGGCGGCGUGCGGCAGCUGGUGCGGCUGGCGUGCGGCGGCGUGGGCGUCGACGCCGACACCGCCUGGUCGGAGGCGCACACGCCGCCCGCCGCACGCAUGGCCGCCGGCGCCGUGCUCGACCUCGCGCUGCGCACCGCGCGCGGGGACCUGCGCAACGGGUUUGCGGUAGUGCGACCACCGGGACACCACGCGGAGCCGAACCAGGCGAUGGGCUUCUGCUUCUUCAACUCCGUGGGCGUGGCCGCGCGCCUGCUGCACACGCGCCUGCGCCUGCAGCGCGUGCUCGUCGUCGACUGGGACGUGCACCACGGCAACGGCACGCAGCAGAUGUUCUACGAGGACCCGCACGUGCUAUACAUCAGCCUGCACCGGCACGACGACGGCAACUUCUUCCCGGGCACGGGCGCGGCGGCCGAGUGCGGCGCCGGCGCCGGGCUCGGGCUCACCGUCAACGUGGCCUGGCCCGCCGCGCCGCCGCACGGCGACGCCGAGUAUCUCGCCGCCUUCCGCUCCGUCGUCAUGCCCAUCGCCAAGGAGUACGACCCCGAGAUGGUGCUGGUGUCUUGCGGGUUCGACGCGGCGGCCGGGCACCCCGCGCCGCUGGGCGGCUACAGCGUGUCGCCCGCCUGCUUCGCGCACAUGACCGCUGAUCUCAUGACCCUCGCGGGCGGCAAGGUGGUGCUGUCGCUGGAGGGCGGCUACGACCUGCCGGCGGUGUGCGACUGCGCCGAGGCGUGCGUGCGGGCGCUGCUGGGCGAGCGCCUGCCGCCGCCGCCGCUGGCCGAGCUGGCGCGCGCGCCGCACCCGGCCGCCCAGCGCGCGCUCAAGGCCACGCACGCCGUGCACGAGCACCACUGGCCCACGGUGAGCGACCACAUGAAAGAGUGA